GGGCCGGUUCGCGCUUCCGCUGCUUGUGGGGUGAGGUGGGUACUCAUAAAAGACAGAUUUGGCGGGGAAGAGGAAGUAGAGUUGGGGUCCUGUCUUCCACUGAAUCUUGCAGUGAGGAUCUUUUCUGUGGCUGUACCCGUUAAAUGAUUUUAGUCCGUUCCUUGAUGAAAAUGGCAGCCAACAAUGCAGUUUUGAGCAGAUUGGAGCAGAAGGGUGCAGAAGCUGAUCAAGUUAUUGAAUACCUUAAGCAGCAAGUUGCUCUUCUAAAGGAAAAAGCUAUCUUGCAGGCAUCUCUGAGGGAAGAAAAGAAACUUCGUGUAGAAAAUGCUAAACUGAAGAAAGAAAUUGAGGUGCUGAAACAGGAAUUGAUCCAGGCAGAAAUUCGGAAUGGAGUGAAACAAAUCUCUGUACCACCCAGUGAAACAUCUUCUACAGCUUCAUUUUCAGAAGGUGUGUCUCAGCCAGCACCUGCUGCAAUCACCCCAUCUGGUCACAAGGAACAACCUAAAGGAACAAGCGAAGAAAAGAAGAAAAAAGACAAAGCAGAAAAGAAAGUUGCAGAAAAGAAGGAGAAAAAGCAGUCAGCUGCAAAUGAUGACUCAAAGCCUUUAGAUGUUUCCAGGCUUGAUUUUCGUAUUGGCUGCAUCACAACAGCAAAGAAACACCCAGAUGCUGAUACUCUGUAUGUUGAGGAGGUUGAUGUUGGAGAAGCAAAUCCUAGAACUGUUGUCAGUGGUCUAGUGAAACAUGUUCCUGUAGAAGAGAUGCAGAACCGGAUGGCAAUAUUUCUCUGUAACCUGAAGCCUGUGAAAAUGAGAGGAGUGGUGUCCCAGGCCAUGUUGAUGUGUGCUAGUACACCAGAGAAGGUGGAAAUUCUAAUCCCUCCUAGUGGGGUUGUUCCUGGAGAGAGAAUCACAUUUGAAGGCUUUUCCGGUGAACCUGAGAAAGAACUCAAUCCAAAGAAGAAAAUGUGGGAGCAGAUCCAGCCGGAUCUUCAUACCAAUGGCCAGUGUGUUGCAACAUACAAGGGCGUACCAUUUGAAGUGAAAGGAAAAGGCGUGUGCAGGGCUACUACCAUGGCCAACAGUGGAAUCAAAUAAGCAUAAUCAGUUGUGGAAAAGCUUGAGUUCAUUUUGAAUGGAAAACAAUGUGAACACAAUUAAAAACAAAUAUUGCCUCACCCAAAA